GCACUUCUCGCACACAACACAUGCAGGUGGCAACAUCGUUUCGCCAUAUUGCACAAAACGACUGCCAGAGGUCGUCUUCGGCGUUCUAAAAUAAAAGACUCGCUGUGAUUGGUCAUUGCCUACUGUACGUUUUGCGAGUUAAAAAGUGAGGAAAAAUCACUAGAGAAUAAAAAGUUCAUAAAAAUAUAUAAAUUGUUGUUGAAUAGUGCAAAUUUUUUAUAAAUCAAAUACAAGUGUUCGUGCUUUUUCGAUGGUGUAUAAAAUUUUGUGAAAAAGUUAUAGCUUAUAGACAUAAAGUGAAAAAUCGUUUUUCAUAAUGGCGGCCUCGUUUGGGCUUGAGUUUUCGACUGGCGAAGCCAUCAAUUGAAUAAGCGCUAAAGAUACAGUUUUGGGAGGAAGGUUUUUCAGCAUCGCGAUCUAUUUAUUUUUAUAAAAAGUUAUUUUAAAAAGGAUAUUGGCAACUAUUAUAAAAUAUAUUUUUAAAAAAAAUUUUAACUAAACGAAGUUGUUAAAAUAAUGAGUGGACGUGGUAGUCGAAAACGGGGUAGGCCACCGAAGACGCCAAAUGAGCGCGCUGGAACUAAAUUUAAUUAUCAGCUGUUGAAAAAGCCAAAAUAUUUGAGCAAGGCCAGUGAUUCUCAGUUAAGUACUCCAUCGGCUUCGCGUGCUUCUUCACCCCAGGAAAGUGAUGGCAGUCGCAGCUAUAACAGGAAAUCUACCAGCAAAAGCACCAGAGGCAGAUCUCGUAAAUCGACAAGUAGUACGGCUAAUGUAAGCCGGAGAGGAGGCUACGAAUCGGAAUAUCACUAUGGCUCUGAUUUUGGGGAUUCUAGCGAAAAGAGUGACAUUGAUGACGAAUUACUCUGUUCUGCCACAGAUGAAGAGAGCCUUGACGCAGCUAACGAAAGUGAAUCCGAAUUCUCUGUGUGUAGUUUUACUCAAAAUGGUGUAGGUCGUCCACCACGACCACCAAGUCCUGAACCAAUUUGGUUGCAGGAUCGCGAAUAUGAUCCGCUCGAAUUGCCUGAAUCUUCAGAAGAUUUGCUAAUGAAAAAUGAAUUUUUACUUAAGGCUCUUAGUAUAUAUGAAGUUUUACGAAGAUUUCGCCAUUUGGUGCGUUUGUCACCUUUCCGUUUUGAGGAUUUCUGUGCAGCUUUAGCAUGUGAUGAGCAAAGCGCUCUUAUCGCAGAAAUACACAUCAUGUUAUUAAAAGCAAUUUUACGCGAAGAAGAUGUACAGGGCACACACUUUGGGCCACUUGAUCAAAAAGACACUGUCAAUAUAAGUCUAUACCUUAUUGAUGGUAUAACAUGGCCCGAAGUACUACGUUGCUAUGUAGAAAGUGACGGAAUAUUCAGCCGAGAAGUAUAUAACAUAUUGAGUGCUGGUGAUUAUCCAUUAACAGGUGUCGCCGAUCGCAUAAUAGUUUUACAAUUUUUAACUAAUCAGUUUUUAACAACGAAUGCUGUACGUGACGUAAUGUUACAAGAGGGGCCAAUACAUUAUGAUGACCAUUGCCGCAUUUGCCAUAGAUUAGGUGAUUUAUUAUGUUGCGAAACAUGUCCUGCCGUUUAUCAUUUGGAGUGUGUGGAUCCUCCACUGAACGACGUACCAACUGAAGAUUGGCAGUGUAAUUUGUGUAAGUCACAUAAAGUAACUGGUGUAGUCGAUUGUGUGUUGCCACAAGAAAAACAAGGUGUACUUAUAAGGCAAGAUAUACUCGGCUUGGAUAGACACGGCCGCAAAUUUUGGUUUAUUGCGAGGAGAAUUUUCGUCGAGGGUCAACCCGAUUUGGAUAACGGCAAAAUUUGGUACUACAGUACAGAGUCGAAAUUGGAGCAUCUACUAAGCGUAAUCGACAAAGAUGAUUUGGAAACUGGAUUAUACAAUCAAUUGACAGAGCGUAAAGAUGAAAUUCUGCGUCAAAUGAAACUAACCGAGUCCAUUACAAAGGAGCACAACAAAUAUCAACGGCUUUCUUAUAUUGAUGAGGAAAAUAAGAAAACCUGGGCAUUAAUCCGUGGUAAUGAAGACGACGACGUACAAAUGAACGAGAGUACCACAGAGAAUAAAAUGAUGACACGAUUGAAAACAAGUCAAAAUGCCAAUGAACCUAAUCAUUUUAAAUUGGGUAUGGAACAUGGCUUUAAGAAUUAUGUAAAUCAAUACACAUCAAAUCCGAUUGCAUUGAAUAAACCACAGCGCAAUGAGGAACGUGACAAACGGCGCCAUUUAUCACAUAAAUUUUCACUGACCACAGCAUCAGAGUUUAAAUGGAUUGGUGUUACUAUGGGUAGUUUGGAUAGUAUUACACAAACAUUGCGACAGACUUUAUUAAAUUUCGAGGAAAAUGUACCUUUGUCAUUUAUGAUACCAAAUUGGAGACUCAUAAAAUGGAAGUGGCGUAGAACAGUAUCAGAUGCACGACGGCCUACAGAAUUCGUAAUAGUAUUAUUACUACUCCAAGCAUCGUUUAAAAGUGUUAUUUUUGCAAAUGUUUGGCAUGAGCAGCUUGGUCAUCUUACAUUAUGUCGUAUAACCUCGGCUGAACGUGAAGAACGCAAAAAACUGGAGAAACGUGAAAAACGUGAACGUGAUGACGAAGAAGAGCGCAACCGACUUGCGUUCAACUAUAUCAAAUACUCCUUAGGACUUAAGCAUCAAGUGUGGAAGCAAAAAGGAGAAGAGUAUCGCAUACACGGCCAAUGGGGUUGGAUGUGGUUGUCAACGAGUCGUCGUUGUGGCGGUGGUGUUGGAGUUAGCAAAGCUCGUCGCGCUCCGCAUCGUCAUGGUUUGGCUAUACCACCCGUUAAAGUAAAUGUGCACUUCACAAAAGGUGACGAUGUAGACGAAAUCGUUAGUGUAGAUCCGCGUACACAUAAAUUCAUUUUGCAGUGCAAUGCAGCAGUCAAGAAGGGUGCAGAUUAUUAUUAUUUACAAAAAUUCAAGGAUGUGCAAAUAAAAGAACUUCCUGAUGCUGGCACAGAGGGUGGUACCAUUGAUGUUUCGAAAUCACUUACAAUGCCCGGCCGACUUAUGUAUCGCAAAAUUGCUCGUAAGAGUAGGCUUGAUGACUUGUUAGCACGACGCGUGGAGCUAAAGCAAGCUGAGGAAGAACUGGCCGUAAAAAUUGAGAAAGACGGAGAGGAUACACAAUCAGCCACACAAUCUGAUGAUACUAAAGCAGAGGUUAAGAAAGUGGCCAAGAGAACAUUCCUAGAACGACGUUUGAUGGAUAUCCAAUAUGUACAGCAAAAAAAUUUGCCCAACAAAGAUGUUAAUCUGGAUUUAAUUAAUUCCUUAGCGAAGAAAAUUCAAACUGUGCGUUUACAAUUCAGCCAAUUGAAUAGAUUCGCUAAACAAUAUCGUUGUUACACCAAAGAGUGUAACACGAAUUCCAAUGCUGUCUCGCAAAUUACGCAAAACACUUGCUAUUCACCACUUUGCCUACAGAAAGCACGCGCUAAAAAGGAAUUAUUGUUGUUGCUGCGCAAAGCACACAUUGCUGGUAAUGGUUCCAAGGAAACAGUUGCCGCUAUUUUGGGUGCCGUAAAGAAGCCUUCAAUACUGGAACAAAAAUUAACCGAAGGUAAAAAGGAUGCCUCACUACUGCUAGAUGAGGCAGACGAUUGCCGUUGGUUAAUCGAUGAAAAUCCAUUGGAUUUAGUACAAGAUUGGGAGCAUGCACGCACUGUAGCGGUGCCAUAUGAUGAUAAGCUUUUGCGUGAUUGUUACAAAACUAAGGAAGAGCAAAGUUCCAGUACGAAUGUCGUAAAGGAGGAAAGUAUGACAACCGGUGGUUCAAGCGAUGGCGGUAUGGAAUUCAUUGAUAAUAUCGAUGUGUGCAGUAAUGUUGAGAUUGAGAGUUCGGAGACAACAAAUGAUGAUUCAUUAGCAGCUUUAGCAUCCAGUAGCGAUGGAUUGGGUAUGGAUUCUACACAAGCUAAAAAAUUGAAGAAGCAACAAAAGUUGCGUAGCAAUAAAUCGUACAGCGCUACCAAAGAUGCGCUCAAUCAAACAUAUGAGAAGCAAGCAACUACUUCAAGCGUUAAACAAAAUCGCCGAUUUCCCACACAAUCACGCAUAACGAAACGCGAAGAUGUUACGAAAUACGAAAAGGAAUACUAUCCGAACGGAAAGGAGCGCUUAUAUGCUGCCGAUUCGCCACGUGGACGCAUUUACUUGUGGCGCGAUCAAGCGAUGUUAAAGGAACGUAAAAACAUAAAAUCAGAAGACGAAAAAAAACCAACGCCGGAACCAUCUAAAAAUGCACCGAUCGGUUCACCAUAUCCUUUAAUAUCGCAAUUCUUAACACACAAACUUAAGAUGAGCAUACUAGUAUUGCCGCCAUACGAAUUAAAGAAAUUGGCGCGCAUGGGUGGCAAGACCAGCACAAACGGUUUCCAUCAUUUGGCGAAGAAUAAUUCUGUGUGGCCAUAUCCAUGUUCACGACCGCUUUUCAAAACUUGUUGGUCCUUCCGCACCAGCAAAGCGACAACUCUCUCUUCAGUUGCACUGCAAUUGCGCAUACUCUGGUGUUGUUUACGUUGGGACGACAUGAUUGCCAAGCCACCAUCGGCUGAUGGUAAACAUCAAGUAACAAGUGAAACCGAGAUUGUGACACAGGAGCUAUUAAAGUUCCGACACAUGGGACGCUAUGGCGAGCGGACGCAGUAUUUACGACGCAAAGUUGUUGUGCCACUCGAAAUGCCGAAGACUAUACGCGAGGUUACGUCAAUCCGUUCUGGUCUGCGAAAACGGAAACGAGCCGAAUCGCCACAGCCGACGGAACCACAAAUAAGCGAGGAGUGGGUGGAAGAGGAUAAACUAGAAUUGUGGGAAAUUAAACUGAUGGGUGAGCGUCAUGAGAAGAGCAAACAGACAACCAUGACACGUUCUUUCGUCUUGCGACAAGCAGCCGAGCAAGCCGGUACAUCGCCAUCUUCCUCCUCUGCAUCCAGUGCUGGUGGUUCUAAUGGAUCCACCACCAAAGUGGUAAUAACCGCAAAGAGUAGUGAAGAAAUCAAAGAGAAAAUGGAACAGCAGUUGAAUUUACAACGUGCUGCACAUCUACAGAAGAAGAAUCCAGAAAAUACUAAAGUACAGGCGCAAGUGAAGGGUCAAAUAAUAGGCAGCCGUCGUGUUAUCGUAAAGAAUCCCGAUGGUACAACACGCAUAAUACAGCAGGCAAUUACAACGCCCACACAAAAGGUUAAUAGUAGCGGUCAAACCAUAACACAAAAUUCAACUGGCUCUAGUACUAGUGGGCAAUCGUCGCAAUCCACCACCAAUUCUGCACCACAACAGUCUAAAGUGCAAAUCAUACGCGGUCCCGAUGGCAAAGUCAGCGUACGAGGCUUAAAUCCCGGUCAACAGUUAAUACAAAUGCCUGACGGUAAACUGCACGUGCUGACGACAACAACAUCACCAGGCACUGGCACACAGGUUACCAAAAAGCUACCAGUGAAACAGGUGACACCUAAAAAUUCCCCAGGCGUAGUGAAGCAAAUCACUGUUAAGCCUGUGCAAAAGACUGUUCCUGUUCAAAGCGCUCAAAAGUCUGUUGUGACAUCUGUAAGUACCCAACCCAAGCCAGUUACACCCAAGGCCGUUGCGCAGGUCAUAAAUCAACAUGUCACUGUGAAUCCGGCAACAACGGUGCAAAAGGUUGUUACCCAAACAAUACCAAGUGCAAGCCAAGGCACCACAAACGCCACAAAAAUCACUACAAAUUCUCAAGGUAUUCCACAAUUUAUUGUUCAGCCUGGUCAGAAGUUAUUGAUGGGACAAAAUCAACAAGGCCAAAAGGUAUUAAUAACCACCGGCGGUCAACAGUUAACCCAACAGCCUGUUGUGUCCAAUUUGCAAAGCAUACAGCAGGCUCAACCACAGCAGCAACAACAACAACAGAUUAUUGUUAACCAAUCGCCCACAUCAGCAAACCCGACCAAUAACACCUCGCCACAAGCUACACAAAAGGUGAUACAACAAAUAGUGAAUACCAGCAAUGUGCAACAACAAAUUGUGAUUGGUGGUCAGCGCAUUAUAUUGAGUCCUGGCCAAACUAUAGUCACUCAAAGGUCAGUGCCACAAAAUCAAGCUGUACAAGUUGUACAGCAGCAGCCACAGCAACAGAUUGUGCAAUCAGCUGCAACACAAUCCACACAUCAUCAACAAGUUAUAGUGCAAACCACCAAUCCACAGGCUGGUCUGACGCAAGUGCAACAGCCGCAGCAGCAGCAACAAACGCGAGUUGUUAAACAAAUUGUGGUGCAGCAGCAACCACAACAACAACAAACACAGCAGCAGCAACAUACAAUACAAACAACAAAUAAUCAUAUAGUCGAGUCGAGCACACCGACCCAACAAGUUGUAAAGAUCCAACAGCAACCACAGCAGCAACAAACAACAACUACGGCAGCACCGCAAACCACAAAUCAACAACUCGUCGUACAAAAUUCCACCUUAGCACAACAAUUGGCACAAGGCAAAUUACAGGUGGCCACCAUAAAUGGUCAACAAGUCAUCAUACGACCGUUGGGUAAUAAUCAAGCGCAAAUUGUCGCACAUAUUAAGACGCAAAGCGAUGGUAAUGCACACAUCAUAACGAAUAGUACUUUGGAGACGCCACAACCGUCGCCCGAAAAAUCAGUUCCAGCUGUUGUGCAUCAACAGGUGCAACCGAAAACACAACCACAACAGCAAAUAAUACAGCGAACUACGGUCACACAGCAAGCGCAACAGCAACAGCAACAAACAGCCUUUAUGAGCCAAGAAAGUGUGCAACAGCAACAGUCGCAACAACAGACCACGGCUACACCAACCAAGACCAUGACAAUUGAGGAGAGUCUGCUGCAAGGUCAACCGCCGGGCACAGUGAUCAAGUGUGUCACCGCGCAGGUCAUACAAACCGAGCAAGGACCACGCAUUGUGCUGCAGGGCUUGGUUGGCAAUGAUUUCACACAACAACAGUUGGCGCUUGUACAACAACAAGUGAAGCAACAGCUCUUGAAAGCGCAAGAAUCCAGUGGAAAACAGGGCGUCUUAGGACCAACGAAAAUUUACUUAGCAGUCCAACCACCUAACGCGGUUCUGAAUUCACAACCGCCACCACUAACACCAGUACAUCAAUCUACACAUCAACAAGCAUCCUUCCUAGCUAAGGCAACGGUGACUGAACAAAGUAGCAGUAACGUUGAACUUAUUGCCAAUAAAAUCGAUGCAACAAAAAACCAAGAUAAACCAGAUUCAACCAUACUACAAGACAAUCAAAUUCAACAUACAUCACAAGGGAAUAACACAAUAAAUAUUAGUUCAAGUGCAGGCACUGGAUCCCAAGAUUUGAUUGUAACUUCACCAGGAUUUUUACAAAUCUCCAACAAUAAAAAUAUACUCACUAAAGGCAACUCUAAUACAAAUAUUGCACAAGACGAGCAACGACAACAGCAACAGCAAGAUAAAUCAACAAUUGUCAGCACACCGGUCAGUAGUGUUUCGAGUAGAAAGCGACACCUUUACAAAACUAAAAAUGAAAACGGUGAUUGGAAUCAGCACCAACAGCAGCAGCGUACACCGAAAAAGUCAAAUACAAACACAAUAAACGAUCAGAACGUCAUCACAGCAUAUUCAACAAACAAUACGCUCAAGGAUAGCAGCGCUAAGCGUAACGAAUUAUUGCUGCUCGAUGAUAAUGAACAACUAAAUCAAGCAUUAAAUCACACGCUGGAGCGUCAUAAAGACCUUUUGAAGAAGAGCAUAUUGAAAAAGCGUUCGCUCUUGGAGCGUAAUUUGCAACACGAAAUCAAGGAAGAAAUGAAUAGUGAGCUACUAAGUUCCUCAGAAAAAGUUGAAACAAAUAAGAAAUUCUGUAACACGCCGAGUGGUGGCGCUACUGCUGGCGGCUUAACGACAAAUGAAAUAAAAAAACCAACGAGACAAUUGAAGAAUCAUCCCAACACUCCCCAAUCACCAGCUCUGACACCGUCCAAAAGUCUGCACGGACGUUCACAAAAGAAAGUCAACAAAAAGAAAGAAAAAUUGUAUUGCAUUUGCCGUACACCAUACGACGAUACAAAGUUUUACGUUGGCUGUGAUUUGUGCAGUAACUGGUUCCACGGUGAUUGCGUAAACAUUACAGAAGAAGCAUCGAAAAAACUCUCCGAAUUCAUUUGUGAGGACUGCAAACGUGCACGCGAAACCCAAGAACUAUAUUGUUCGUGCCGCCAACCAUACGAUGAAUCGCAAUUCUAUAUAUGUUGUGAUAAAUGCCAAGAUUGGUUCCAUGGCCGUUGUGUGGGCAUUGUGCAAAGCGAGGCCGAAUUUAUCGAUGAAUAUAUAUGUCCACAGUGUCAGCGCAACAAUUCUGUUAAUUUGGCGAAUAUGAAGAAUUUAGCCGAAAAUGAGACAAUCGAAUUGAAGAAGCUCAUCAAGCAAAUUCAGGCACACAAGAGUGCAUGGCCUUUUAUGGAGCCGGUUGAUCCAGAAGAAGCACCAGACUACUACAAAGUCAUAAAAGAACCCAUGGAUUUACAGAAAAUUGAAAAUAAACUAAAUACAAAUGUGUACACAAAAUUAUCGGAAUUUAUUGGUGAUAUGACAAAGAUAUUCGACAACUGCCGCUAUUACAAUCCGAAAGAUUCGUCAUUUUACAAAUGCGCCGAAACAUUGGAAGCAUUUUUUGUGCAAAAAAUUAAAAAUUUCCGGGAAACUGUGGUUAGUCAAAACUAAAUCAUAUAUUUAAAAUAAAAUACAUAUACAAAAACAAACAAACAGAGAAUAAAAAAUACGCUGUAAUAAUCGCCGCAUCAAGCGUUAAUGUGCCGGAGCAUAUAUUGUAAAUAGUUAUAAUUGUUGCAUAAUUUAUGUAAGUAAGUACAUAUGUAUUAUGCACAUUUUCAUUAGAAGAGCACAGUUAGUUUUAACGCAUAGACUUAAGAAGUGUUUUCAUUUAAUAACAUUUAACAACAACAACAAAGGAACUUAUAAAGUAAAACUAACAUUGUGUAAAGAUCAUAUGAAAUGAUUUACUCUUGUACAUAAAUAAUUGGUCAAUGCAUUUAGCUGCGAUAGUAUUAAGAGCAAAAUACACAUACAUUGUAUUGUAUGCUUUUUUCUUUUUUAAUUUGAAAACGUAUUAAUAAAUACUAAAAAAACACAUAUUUAGCGAUUUCAUUCAAUUGAGAAUUAUUCUUGUAUUUUAGGCUGCGAAAUUGUAGUAUAAAUAUAAUAUAAUUAAUAAGGAAAGAUUUAAGUUAAGUGGUGUAUGUAAAUGCAGCUAUAAAAUUGCUCGAGCGUUCUCAUUGAAUUACUUUGCAAACUA